AAUCGCGGGCGUGGUAGCAUGCCUUCAUUUCUACGGUCAUAUUAGAACAAACGAAAUCGUCAUUCCGCUACCGGCAAUGCCAGUCGCCAUAAGGACAAAAUGAGGGUACUGACGUAAAGAAUAUCCACCAUCUCAACCCCGCCACUUGACAAAACAACUUUUAGUUAUUGUUUUUGCGUGUAUAAUCGUGUCUAGUCGGAUACAGUGUUUCGAAUUGCGACAACAAAAAUGGCACCGAAUUUACCUGUACAUUUAUGCAUUUUUUUGACCCUCUCAUGUGUGGACUCCUGCUUCAUCCCUGCCUCCAUACAAGCAACAGUACCUCAGACAGUACAAGUUAGACAUGUUAUUGCAAAAGUUGAUGUGGACCAAUGUGACACCAUCACAUUGCACUUUACAACUAGUGACCCCGACUUCACAGUACGACCUGAUGGCACUAUAGUAACAGUCGCCAUCACCAUGGUACCAGCCAAUGGCAGAACAUUCUCAGUGCAGUUUCAGGACCCCAAUGGUCAGAAGAGAGAAAUUAAUGUUUACCUUGUCCAGAACUCUAGAAAGGUAUUGAAAGAUGGCCUACUAAAGCGCUCCAAAAGACGUUGGAGUCCUCUGCCCUUCAACAUCAUAGAAAACGACGUUCCGCCAUUUCCAAAGGACGUUGAUCUGAUUGCAUCUGAUUCGUCGGCCACUCGCAGUGUGUACUACACCAUCAGUGGGCCUGGAGUGACAGAGGAGCCUGUGGGUGUGUUCAGUGUGGUGAUGGAGACUGGGAUGUUGAGGGUCAACAAAGCUGUCGACCGCGAGAGAACUCCUCAGUUUGUAUUUCAAGCCAGAGUGUUUGACAGAUACACCAACCAGGAGACAGAUCUACCAUUACCCAUCACAGUGAAUGUAGACGAUGUGAACGACAAUGCACCAACUUUCACUGGCCUACUGCAGUUUACUGUGCUGGAGCAAAGCAAAGCAGGGACGAUGGUGGGGAUGGUGAAUGCCACAGACAUAGACCAGCGUGGUACAGACCACACUAAGAUCAGGUACUCCCUCCUCUCUGGGACUAACCUGUUCUACAUUAACCCAGAGACGGGAGUCAUCAGCACCAAAACAGACACCCUCGACAGAGAGGUGAAUGAUAAUUAUUUGGUGACAGUUGAAAUCAGAGACAUGAAUGGAGCUCUGAAUGGUCUAUUCAACACAGCCACAGCCACCAUUGUGUUGGGUGAUAUCAACGACAACCCUCCCACAUUCACAAAGACAUCUUACGAUGUAAAAGUUAAAGAGAACCAAGGAGAGGGACUCAUCCUCAGAAUCCCCAUUGAAGAUAAGGACUUGGUGAAGACACCAAACUGGAACACUGAGUUUGUCAUCCAAAAGGGGAACGAAAACGGGAACUUCAGGAUCGAAAGAGACCCCAAAACGAACGAAGGACUAAUUUACCUAAUAAAGCCUCUAGACUACGAGAAGACCAAGAACCUAAAGCUGGAGGUGUUGGCCCGUAACCAGGCUGAGCUGAGUGGGACCAAGGCCCAGUGGAUGUCCAUCCCUGUAGACGUCUCUGUAGUGGACGAGGACGAGGGACCAGAGUUCACCGCCCCCACCGUACUCUUCACAGUCAAGGAGAACACUCCUAACGACACCCUGAUUGGCACCUACAUAGCCAUAGACCCAGAGACCAAGAGCAGCGCCGGCAUCAAGUAUUACAAGGUCUCAGACCCUGCUUCAUGGAUCAAGGUAGAUGAAAGCACCGGGCAGCUGAAGAUCGCCAAUAAUAUCGACAGGGAGUCCCACUUUGUAACGAAUGGCGUGUACAACGUCACUAUGAAAGCUGUUGAUGCCAGUCUCAAGACAGGUACAGGGACAGUGAUUAUUCAAGUGGAGGAUGUGAACGACCACGUCCCAGUCAUCCCCUCUAAAGACCUGGUGGUGUGUGAGAAGGAUGGGGGAGAGAUGGGCUCCGUGCUGGUGGUAGCAGAGGACAAAGACCGAGCUCCAUUCGCCGCCCCCUUCAGCUUCGAACUGGGAGAGGAGCAUGAUGGGAGAUGGGCUGUGAAGCGACUUAAUGACACUGCAGGGAUGUUGGAGCACACCAUGGAGCUCCCUAAUGGUCUGUAUACUGUCCCCCUGAUGGUCAAGGACCUACAGGGAUUUGGAAAGACCCAGACGGUAAUGGUCCGGAUCUGCCGCUGCAGGAACGGAGCGUGUUUGGCCUACCAGAACUCCACGUCGCUGGGGGUGUGGGCCAUCCUGGCCAUGCUGCUGGCGCUGUGCCUGCUACUUCUUCUCUGUAUCUUCUUUGCAUUCAUCUGUGUUACAAAGAAUGAGAAAAUGGAGCUGGAAGAUAUGGGAGACAGUGGCGGUAUCCUCCUGAAGUCUAACAUUGAGGCCCCAGGGGAUGCAGUGGAUUCAAAUCUCAUCAUCGUUCCUGCAUCUGGGAUCGACUCAUCAGUGAAGGGAUCCAUGAUUGACGUGGGGUGGGAGGGAGCUAAGAACUCUGGUAUGAUUGGAGGAGGCCUGGGCGCUCAACAGAAUCUGCUACAGGAGUCCGGUGGUGUCAUAGUGACCGAUAUGGAGACCGGCUUCUCAGGCCAAUACGAAAGCAGCCAAUACGUUGGACAAUAUGGCAGUGGACAAUAUGGUGGAGGUCAAUAUGGCGGUGGAAACAUGACUUUUGACAACACACGUUUCAUGAAAUUCAACGACUCUGCAGCCUGGCACACCUGGCAAACGAACGGGCUGUUUUUACAACAGAAGUUGGCUUACCUAGGGACGAGGGAGGAGGGGCGAUAUGCCGAUGACAUCAUCCACGCGUACGGCUUCGAGGGGGUGGGGUCUCCAGCCGGCUCGGUGGGCUGCUGCAGUGACCAAGGCAACCAGGAAGACCUGGACUUUCUAAACACAUUGGGGCCAAAGUUCAAGACAUUAGCUGAGGUCUGUAACAACAAGAAAUGAACAAAGAGAAUAUAAUGCAAUAUGUUUUAUUACUGUAAGUGUACUCUUUUUCUGAUAAUACCAUGAAUUUUAGGAAUCUGUUAAGAGGGUUGCUAUGCUAUCAUUCAGAGUAAUCACACUGAAUUGCUCUAACUGUUUGUUAGUUCGACAUUUUGCACUGGAAAGUACUAUGUAUUUACUUGUACAGCAAAUUCCCCAGUGUUGAAUCAACUCUGCGAUUGUUAAAUGUAACACUUUUUCAGAGUCUAUACAUACGGGUCCACACUUUUUUCAGUGAUAUUAACAUUUUAAUGAAUACCUGUAGUGUUAAGGUAACACGUAUUUGGGGUAUGGUGUAAAGCCAUAUUUGCAUAUUUCCCAGUGUGCCUUACCUUUUCGAGUGAAUUGUAGAUUUGUUAGUGACAAAGACAUGGUCAUUGCAUUCAUUCAUUUUCAGUCCUGUGGCUUUCACCAGAUAAAAUUACUAACAGUGUCCCGAAACUCAUAGUUUACAGGCCACAUCAGGCGUGCAUUCACAUUAUGCUGGCUUGCAAGGUGAUGUCAUUCCUAUUGUAAUCUAGCCAGAGUGUGGAUAUCCAAGAGUUUACAUUUUUGAUCACCCGUAGCCUGCAUUCAGAAUGACUGUCAGAGUUUGGAAAAUUUGAUAGAUGAGACUACCUAAACCAUCUAAACUGAAACAACAAUUGCAAUAAAUAAAACUAACAGAUUUAAUUAGUUUAGUAAAAUUUAUGUUAUUUAUCUUUGUGUAGCAUAAUAUUCAUUGAUCAGUCAAUGUACAGUACAUGCAAACACACAGAUAUUGAAACAAACGAUAAUAAAAAUAAAAAACUGUAAUAGAGGAAAUGGGAAAUAUGAUAAUGAUGGCUGUGUUUUUAAGUGUUUUAAUCACACUCAAAUCUGGUUAUUAACACCAACACUGGAGUUAUUUUGCACCACUGAGUGUUCAUUUAAAUCCUGAACUAGAAAUGUUCCACAAAAAAAUCAAUACUAGUUAACACUGACCAAUUUCCUGUGUGUAAAUAAUGUACAUUAUGUGAUUUUUAGCGCUAAAGAUUUUUUGGCUGCUUCUGUUCUGCCUGCUUCUGUUUAGAAUAGAAGGUUUUGGGUGAUUAUUUUUAGAAUAGAAGGUUCUGAAGAGACAGGUGCUGAUACGGCCCAUGGGGUUGAUGAGACAGUGUCUGACAGGGAGUCAGUUCACACACUCGGCAUGAGGCUGAGUGUGUGAACAGGGAGGGGUUUGAACCAGACAGACAGCCUGUGAGUAUUCAUAGCGACAUGUUGUUCUAUUGAUUGAUCCAUAGAAAGGGAGAUACCUAGUCAGUUGUACAACUGAAUGAAUUCAACUGAAAUUUGUCAGAGAUGUGGGAGGCUUCCUUUAUCAACAUCCACAGCGCACAGGGAACAGUGGGUUAACUUUCUCAGGGGCAGAAUGACCUAUUUUUACCUUGUCAGCUCGGGGAUUCAAUCCAGAAACCUUUCGGUUGCUGGCCCAACAUUCUAACCACUAGGCUACCUGCCGCCCCCUUUGACAUUACUAGAGGUGCUAUGUCAUAAACCCUCAAAAUUCGUUCCAUAAUGGGGCGAAAAUGGCAGCUGUCUUGGUCAGGGAGAAAUCCAUAACUAGUCUAAUUGGAAUGAAUGGCAGUAGAGGCAUAGGUGAUCUAUUUCCUGAUUUUACUUAUGCAGAAAAAUAAAAGUGAGGCAUGUGAUGUAUCAGAAAUUGUGUAAUGUAAUUAUAGUCGACCUCAAAUAUUGUCAUAAAUACAAUGUAUAUGGGUUUUAUACAAAUGUUAUGUGUAAAUAGCCCCUAAAUGUCUCAGAUGUAGUUUUAUUGGAAAGCAGUGAGUGCUAAUAUAUGAUACAAUUUCAGUACUUGUUGCAUUUACAACUUGUCUAUGUCCUAUCAUCAACUGAUUUGAACCAGUGUAUGGCUGUGAAUUGACCACAUUGUUUGAAUGGAAUGUUGGCAUAUUGGGAGUUAAUUUGGAAUCAUUCAUCUAAAACUGUUUGGCUAGCUAGCUAACACACAUACAGUGCAGAUAAAUUCUCCACAUUCAUUGUUUUACACUAUCUUAUCAGAGCACUGGCAUACUCCCUGACCAACAUGGCUGACCUUUGGCCAAUUUUUAGAAGGUUCAUUUCCAUUCUAGUAUUCUAAUUCCUAAUUCUAUGGAUUCAUCAGCAUUGUCAUAUGUUCAUAUUAUUAAUUUGGAAUUCAAUUACCAAACUGACCCAUUUUGUAAAUGAAUCGUAUUGCCUAUUUCGUAAGUGUCAAAUUUUGCUAAUAUGUUUUAUUAAGUAAAUAAUAUAAAAUACACUUGUUGUGUUAUUCACUUUGGUCAUGCUGUUUUACUGUAAAUACUUCAUUUUAAGGAGAGAGAGAGAGUGAGGAUGUGAGUGAGAGAGAGUGGAUUAGCUUUGAAAUAUUGUUACUCAUGCCUAGAUAAGCCUGGUGAAUGGUUAAGAGGGUGUGGUUCAUUGUUCAGUACAGUACAUAUAGCCUUGCACAAUAACUGUAACAUCACAAGGUACUGUAACUAAGGACACUAUUCACCCUUGAACCAUAGACUUAGACGACACACUGUAUCUGUCCUAUUGUGGCAUCUGUGAGGGAAUGGGCAGCGCCAUUGAGCCCAUCUACAUUUUGAAGUAAUGAAUUUUCUUCUACUACUAUUACUUGGUAAACAAACUGAAUGGUUGCAUACUUCCAUCUGGAGUGUGUUUGAACACCUGCUGUUAUGAAAUGUUUGCUCACUAGUAUAAUUCAUUUGAUGACCUGGAUGUGAUCCUUCCUUAAUCUAUAGGAAGUCCCACCCAGUUGGCUACUUUAAAAUGGUGGUCCUCAAUGGCAAUGUCCAUGCAAAAACAUAUUAUUUCCAAGUAGUAAUCUGUACAGUGCCUUCAGAAAGUAUUCACACCCCUUGACUUUGUUGUGUUACAGCUUGAUUUAGAAUGGAUUACAUUUCUAUUUUUUGGUCACUAACCUACAUACAUUACCUCAUAAUUUCAAAGUGGAAUUAUGUUUUCAAAAUGUUUACUAAUUAGUUAAAAAUGAAAAGCUAAAAUGUCUUGAGUCAAGAAUUAUUCAACCCCUUUGUUAUGGCAAGCCUAAAUAAGUUCUGGUGUAAAAAUGUGCUUAACAUAAUAAAUUGUAUGGGCUCACUCUGCAAUAAUAGUGUUUAACUAGAUUUUUGAAUGACUAACUCAUCUCUGUACCCCACACAUACAAUUAUCUGUAAGGUCCCUCAGAAGAGUAGUGAAUUUCAAACACAGUUUUAACCACAAAGACCAGGGAGAUUUUCCAAUGUCUCGCAAAGAAGGGCACCUAGCGUUACAUUGGUAAAAAUGAAGACAAAAAACAGACAGUGAAUAUUCCUUUUGAGCAUGGUAAAGUUAUUAAUUACACUUUGGAUGGUUUAUCAAUACACCCAUUUACUACAAAGACACAGGCUUCCUUCCUGACUCAGUUGCCAGAAAGUAAGGAAACUGUCCCGACUUCCACCAAAGUUGGUCCCUCUCCUUGUUCGUUCGGCGGUCGAAGUCACCCACCUUCUAGCCAUUGCUGAUCCUAUUUUCAUUUUCCUUUGGUUUUGUCUUCCAUCACACCUGGUUCCAAUCCCAUCAAUUACAUGUUGUGUAUUUAACCCUCUGUUCCCCCUCGUCCUUGUCGGUGAUUAUUUAUUGUAAGUGCUUUGCACGUCUGUCCUGGUGUGUGUCGGGUUAUGUACCCAUUUAUUGAUUGUUCUGUUUUCCGGUGGGUUUUUGUUAUUAAACUGAGCUGUUGGAAACACCG